CAAUAUUUGAGUUGAAUCAUCAACAAAAGACUAACUGUAAAAACAUCUACAUUACCUUCCGAACAAAUCAUGAAGAUAGUGAUUGUCGGAGGAGUCGCUGCCGGGGCUAGUGCCGCUGCCCGUGCUCGCCGUUUGGACGAACACGCCGAGAUUCUUCUCUUGCAGUCUGGACCGGACGUAUCCUUCGCAUCAUGCGGCAUGCCUUACUUGAUCGGAAACGAAAUAACCGACCGCGCCUCUAUGGCCGUUCAAACACCGCAAUCCUUGAACGCUCGUCUCAAUAUCAUUGUUCGAGUCAAUACCAAGGUCAAUGAAAUCAAUACAACCGACCAGACUGUUGUCGCUCGGAAUGAAACCACCGGGGAUAUCUACACCGAACCCUACGAUGAACUUGUUCUGGCAGUGGGUGCGGCUCCCUUCAAGCCUCCGAUCCCUGGUAUUGACCGUCCUGGAUUGUUCACGCUCCGCAAUCUUCAGGAAAUGGAUGCCAUCGUUCAGUGGCUCAAUGUCAAAACUGAAACCAAGAAGCCCGCUGACAUGCACUGUGUGGUUGCUGGGGCGGGAUUUAUCGGACUCGAAAUGGUAGAACAGCUACAUCAUCGCGGCAUGAACGUGACUCUGGUCGAAAUGAUGCCACAGAUCCUGGCCCCUAUGGAUCAGGAAAUGGCAGCUAUGCUACACAAAGAUCUCGAAGACCACGAUGUUAACGUGAUUGUUGGAGACGCCAUCAAAGAAUUUGCCGCCUACGAGAAGGAUGCAGAUAGCUCGGUGCUGACUUUACAAUCCGGACGUGUCCUUCCUCCUGCCCAGUUGACGAUUCUUGGCCUUGGUGUCCGCCCCGACACGGGCGUAGUCAAGGCAGCGGGCAUCGAGCUUUCGCCUAGAGGCCACAUUCUCGUUGAUGAACACUUGCACACAUCCGCAGCAAAUGUUUGGGCUGCUGGUGACGCCGUUGAAAUCAUUAACCCAAUUUUGCCGGAUGAAAAGUGGGCCGUCCCCUUAGCAGGUCCAGCGAAUCGCCAAGGUCGCAUGAUUGCCGACAACAUAUACGGCAAAAAACGCUCUUUUCGGGGAACGUACGCGGUCAGUGUAGUACGGUCCUUUGAUCUAUACGCAGCCUGCGUCGGUCUUAAUGAAAAGUUUCUCAAAGCCAAGAAUGUUCCCUAUAAUGUCGUGCAUGUACAUCCCAACAGCCAUGCCGGAUAUUAUCCUGGCGCCGAAAAGAUCCAUCUCAAACUGGUCUUUGACAAGGAGUCUGGAAAAAUUUACGGCGCUCAGGCCGUAGGCAAGGACGGCGUUGAAAAACGGAUUGACGUGAUUGGGACUGCCAUGCAGGGUAAAAUGACGGUGUCGGACUUGGCCGAGUUGGAGCUCUGCUAUGCCCCUCCGGUUGGUUCGGCAAAAGAUCCAGUCAACUUUGCCGGCAUGGCGGCUCAAAACAUUAUGGACGGGCUCAUUUCCAAUGUGGAAUGGUACGAAAUGGAUGAUCUCGUCAAAAAUCCUGACGUAUUUGUUUUGGAUGUUCGUGGAGGAGCCGAAAUCGAAAAGACUGGUAAGCUUGCAGAAAAGGCCGUCAAUAUCCCCGUCGAUGAUUUGCGUGCCCGACUCUCCGAGGUACCGAAGGACAAGCGUAUUGUUGUGUCGUGUGCUUCAGGGCAACGGUCGUAUUAUGCUUGCCGUAUUUUGAAGCAAAACGGGUAUGCCAACGUGGACAAUUUGGACGGUGCCUACUUAACCUUUCACGCCGCCCAUCCAGAACCGGCUGCGUAAGGUUGCUUUCUCUUACGCCAACCCAUAGGAUAGAAUAAGUCCAAAAUAAGGAAAGCCAACAGUCUAUACCUAUAGCGGACACCAUAAGUAAAGACUCCAAUCCGAACUCUGUGCGUUUCUGCAGAGAAGUGCAUGCAAUCUGUAUUGCCGGUCCAAAGAAUCUCGGAAUUGUUGCCAUAAACAGCUCAAUACAGGUAGUUUGUAUGUGAAAAUCGAGAGACAAUGGCCAGC